AUGGGCAAAGGCAACGCCAAAAACAGCGGCGGCGGCGACAAAAAAUCCAAGGCCAAGGCUGGUGACGCCAAGGACGAUAGCAAGGGCAAGAUGAAGGGAGCCCAGUCCGUGAACGUUCGGCAUAUUCUUUGCGAGAAGUUCUCCAAGAAAGAAGAAGCCCUCGAGAAGAUUCGUAACGGGGCGAAGUUCGAUGAGGUUGCGAGAGAGUAUUCAGAGGACAAAGCCAGGCAGGGCGGCUCCCUAGGGUGGAAGAGCAAGGGCGAGCUAGAGCUUCCGUUCGAGGAGGUUGCUUUCUCGCUGGAGCAGAGUACGACUGGGAACCCGAAGAUUGGGGAGGCAAAGACUGGGUACGGAUACCAUAUUAUUAUGGUGGAGGGGAGGAAGUAA